AAUGCCUAUGGCUGAACAGUCCAAAGGAAAGGCUACAUCAUGUUCUCAGCUAGUUAAGCUCCUUAAUGCAAGCUUUUUAAAAUUUUCCUGGAUGUUCAACUGAUGUGAUUUUGGCUGUAAGAAGUAUGUGCUGUUACAUAGCAGUUGCAUCUGAAAAGGAGACGGAGUGGAAGUCGCUGUCAGAGGAUCCUGUCCUCCUAAGCUGGGUCUGAAGAGUUUCAGCCUGGCACAUAAACAAAAUCCAGAAGUGAAAAAGGCAAGUCCCUCCACCACAAUGAGCUCUGAACACGAAGAAAUUGAUGUUGCAAAAACUGUUGUCAAUGGACUGAGCAGCAAUGGACAAGAAAAAGAAACGGAUCCCACUAAAGUCUGCAGCGGAAAAGGAGCUGUGACCCUCCGGGCAUCUCCAGCCUAUGAAGAGAAUCAGAAUAUCACUUUGCCAUGUCCUCAGGAUGUUGAGCAACCUGAAAGUAAGUGGGUGGAAGGUCUGGAGCCAGAAAACCCAGAAACAGAUGAUUGGAGGUCGUCAUCUAACACUGAUGCCAAUGGGGAUGCCCAACCAUCUUCUCUGGCUGCCAAGGGUUAUAGGAGUGUGCGUCCAAACCUUUCCUCAGACAGCAAGCCACAGGACCCAGGUCCUGUGCUAAAUGAAGUGCCCCAGCCUGGCACUGGCACUGACUAUCCAACCUCCUUCACUUCAAUCAACAAGUCUUGCUCUGCCUAUCCCUCUACCACAAUCGUCAAUCCCACUAUUGUCCUCUUGCAGCACAAUCGAGAACAGCAAAAAAGGCUUAGUAGCCUGGCAGAUUCAGUGCCAGACAGACUAGUUUCUGAUAAAGUUGAUUCAGCACUCAUACGGGACAAGCCGGUUCAGGAGACAGUGCCAAGUGAGAAGAGGGUAAUGGAGGAGAAGAGAAGCAUUGUCAAGAGCGCUCAGCAUAUGACUGAUACCUCCGUCGAUGAUAUUGGCAUUCCGCUGAGGAAUACAGACAGAUCGAAGGACUGGUACAAGACGAUGUUCAAACAGAUCCACAAGCUAAAUAGAGAUGAAGACUCUGAUUCAUACUCUCCUCGUUAUUCCUAUUCUGAGGACAGUAAAACCCAGCUUUCAGUUCCCCGCUCCAAGAGCGAGACAGACAAUAUUGAUUCAGAGAAGGUUGUUAAGAGGUCUGCCACUUUGCCACUGCCAAACCGUACUUCAUCGCUGAAAUCAAGCCCAGAAAGGACUGACUGGGAGCCUCCAGACAAGAAGGUGGACACCAGAAAAUACCGUGCAGAGCCCAGGAGCAUUUAUGACUAUCAGCCAGGAAAGUCCUCGGUUCUGAACAAUGAAAAGAUGACUCGGGAUAUAAGCCCAGAAGAGAUAGAUUUAAAGAAUGAACCUUGGUAUAAAUUCUUUUCGGAAUUGGAGUUUGGGAAACCGCCUCCAAAAAAGAUUUGGGAUUAUACUCCUGGAGAUUGCUCUAUCCUUACUAGAGAGGAUAGAAAGACUGAUCUAGAAAAAGACCUCUACCUCUACCAGACUGAGUUAGAGGCAGAUUUAGAAAAAAUGGAGAAGCUUUAUAAAGCGCCACAUAAAAAGCCACAGAAGAAUACAGCAGGUGUUACUGCUCUGGAAACUUCCACAGACCAUUCUUCCUACUCCACGUAUUCACCCAGCUACCAUGCAGUGAAGAGGGAGUCAGAACCAGCACUGGGGGACCCUGCUGGCUUGGAGAAUGAAAGGCAGAUUUACAAGAGUGUGCUGGAAGGUGGAGAUAUCCCGUUCCAGGGACUGAGUGGUCUCAAGCGACCUUCUAGCUCUGCUUCCACAAAAGUGGAUCGUAAAGGUGGGAAUGCUCAUAUGACUGCACCCUCUUCAGUUAAUAGCCGAACCUUUAGCGCUAGUCAUGCUGGUAUGUUAGGUCACGCAUGUAAACAUAAGAAGCCCUUAUCAGCUGCAAAAGCCUGCAUUACUGAAAUCCUCCCUUCUAAAUUCAAACCCAAACUAGCAGCUCCAGCUGCUCUUGUGCAGGACAAGAAAGGUAUCUUGCUGUCUCAUGAGAAAGCUCAAAGCUGCGAAAACCUUCGUAGCUCCAUUGCCUUGUUUGAUAAUAAAAAAGCUUUCAUGGUAGACAUAGGGGAAAGCAUAGAAAACAUGUUGAUGAAGUCGAAGCAGGAGUAUGCCAUCAAAUCCGGCAGUACCAUGAGCCUGCAGGAGUAUGGCACCAACUCUAGGAAAGGCUACCUGCUCCCUGCCUCCAGGAAGAGUGGGAUGGAGUUUACAAUGCUGUAUAAAGAUAUGCACCAGAUCAACCGGUCCAGGAUCCAUUUGGGCACAGUCUCCUCCUGCAGCGUGAGGGAUAUUGCAUCUCAGUUUGAGAAUGAAGCAAAGGACAGGAUGGAGCACAGCCUUAGUCGAGAGGAUUCAGAGCAGAUCCCCAAACACACCGUUUCCUCCCGUAUCAGUGCCUUUGAGCAGCUGAUCCAGAGAUCCCGAUCAAUGCCCUCGCUAGACUUUUCCACUGGACAAAACAAAUUCACCACUUCUCUCCAGUCUAAAACUUGUCUGAGUUCUGCCUACUCUGCAGAGUUUCUUCUGGAUUUGCCAAAAGCACACCAAGAAGAGAAGGAUGCUGCCAGCUUGGCAGAUAAAUCCUCCCGCUCCUGUAGCAACGUGGAGGACACGGCUUCAGAUGUCAGUGAUGCCAUCCCUAUGGACACACUUUCAGCUUGCACGGAUGAGAUAGAUCUCCUCUCAAAUGCAUCCAAUGACAGCGGCAGCAGCAGCAGCAACCUCAAUGGGCCUCAGAAGCAUAAAAUCAACAGAUGCAAAGGCGCAUGCCCAGCUUCCUACACCAGGUUCACUACCAUCCGAAGGCAUGAGCAGCAGCAGGCCUCCAGGAACCCUGAUUCCAAAGGGGAUGUCUAUGGGGACAGACACAUGCUCCCCAGAAACGUCUACCUAAUGAGCCCACUCCCCUUCCGAUUGAAAAAGCCCUUCCAAAACAAAUCCUGCAGGGCUCCACCCCCAGACUGCCCGGGAAGCCCGGCAGUGCCCAGCCCUGAGAACCCAGACGACCCCAUACAGCUGCAGGGAAGCGUAGGAGACAAGAGUCACCACUCCCAGCACCAACUGUGCUCCAGAAGCAGGCCUCUAGCCCCCAGGCGCCUGUCUUCCUUUGACAUUGUGGAGAGGCUUAGCUACUUCCCCACCAUGGGAUCUAGCCGAGAUAGCUUCAUGGGCCAGGCUGACACUCCUGACUCCUUAAACAAUGGGAACCCUGUUCCAUAUGCCCUCUGUCACAGCCUGGACACAAACAACAACCCGCAAAGUGAACUUGGGACGUACCUAGGAGAUUCAGAAUCACCAAGGCAUUUUGCAUCAGUUGAUUACAUGGAAACUCCAGAAGAAAUUAUCCGCAGACGGCAUGAUGAUAAAGAGAAACUUUUAGAGGACCAGAGACGGCUUAAACGUGAGCAAGAAGAAGCUGAUAUUGCAGCUAGAAGGCACACAGGGGUUAUUCCAACGCACCAUCAGUUUAUCACUAAUGAGCGAUUUGGGGACCUCCUAAAUGUAGACGAUACAGCAAAGAGGAAAUCUGGGUCAGAGAUGAGACCUGCUAGAGCCAAGUUUGACUUUAAAGCACAGACGCUAAAGGAACUUCCUCUGCAAAAAGGAGAUAUCGUUUACAUUUACAAGCAGAUUGACCAGAACUGGUAUGAAGGUGAACACCAUGGCAGAGUUGGCAUCUUCCCACGAUCAUACAUAGAGCUCCUCCCACCAGCUGAGAAAGCUCAGCCCAAAAAGCCAUCACCAUUGCAAGUAUUGGAAUAUGGAGAUGCUAUUGCGAAGUUCAACUUCAAUGGGGAUACCCAAGUGGAAAUGUCCUUCAGAAAGGGUGAAAGGAUCACGUUGAUUCGACGAGUGGAUGAGAAUUGGUAUGAAGGAAAAAUCUCUGGCACCAAUCGCCAAGGCAUCUUCCCUGUCACUUACGUGGAGGUGCUCAAACGACCAGUGGUCAAGAAUGCCAUUGACUAUCCUGACCCACCAAUGUCCCGCUCCCCUAACCGCAGCAUGACAGCUUCACCACAGCAACCUCAAGCACAGCAGCAAGGAGCCAGCCCUGACAGAAGUCAAACACCACGAGACAUAGUUAGCUACCAAGCCCUCUACAGCUACACUCCUCAGAACGAUGAUGAGCUGGAACUGAGGGAUGGUGACAUUGUCGAUGUCAUGGAGAAAUGUGACGACGGCUGGUUUGUGGGUACGUCCAGGAGAACAAGGCAGUUUGGCACCUUCCCAGGCAACUAUGUGAAGCUUCUGUACCUGUAAAACAACAGUGAUCCCACUGUGACAGUGAUGGGAUUGUUUUCCAGAUGAUGUUUUUAAACAGUGAAGAAACAGACAAUUUAUGAAUGUAAUAGACAAGAGAUGAGACGUGUUAGGAGGAUGUGGUUAUGUGGUACAGUAUUGAGUUGAAUGUGUAGCCCUGCUUCCACGGAUUCAGGGUGUGAAUUGUUUGCUGAAGAAGAGACAGUUUCUAGUUUACAGUGCUGCCUUUGUGUAUUCUUCUCCCCUCCCCAGCAAGAGUUCUGGUGAUAAUCUUAAUUUGUAUGGAGUACUUACCUCUGAGAAGGCUUCAGGGAAGCACAUGAUAUAGGUUUUGUUUGUGUGUUGAGAUAGGAUAGUGCUUUGGGGCAGUAUGCAGCCUUGCAGCUGCUCCCUUUCACUGGCGAGGUUGAGGGAGGCUGGACUUUCUGCCCGGUUUCUGCCUUGCUGAAGACUCACUUUGCUCUGCCUUCCACUUCCAUAGAAACCCCUUCCUUCGUGUCACGCACCUUAAGACCCAGCAGAGGCAGAGGACAGCUGAUAUGGUUAAACUGCAGAGCUCUGUGUGGAAAAGGAGUUUGGGACUGGUGGUUUAAUCCAGAGAGGUCAGCCAAAGCAUAACGCAAACACGCAAAAAUCCCAAACCCUUUAAUAACACAUUACCUGUCUCUGCAGGGUUUUUUUCUUUUGUGCAGGGGCUGUGUGUGUGUGUGAGUGUAUUGUGUGCAUCAAAACAAACUGAGUCCUGUUUUUUAAAGAGAAAUCAGCCUGGCUUUGACAUUUAUCUGCACAAAGAAUAGAACCAAUAAACAGAACAUCCGUGAGAGCAAAUCCUGUUUAUGAGUCCUACGGCCGUUCACUUUCUCUGCUCCUCCUGCCCUGUUGCUGGCCCUAAAGGAUCACACACUUUUCAAAGCAUACUGUUUGGGAUGAAGACUUUGCUUCUUUCCUGGCAUUAAAUCUUAGAGGAUCUGAUAAAUCUGAGCAACAAACAUAUCACUAAGGGUGCCUUUUUUUUUCCUUUUGGUUACAGUGUCAAUGGUAGGUCUCAAAUAAAUACAUGCAUUUUGGCUGCCUCUUAGUCAUACAAAAAAGUCUAAUCAAUUUGGAAAGCUGUUCCCAGCAGUUAUUACCAGUUACAUAGAUUCGUAUUUCCUUGAGGAAAAAAAAAAUGGCUUGGCUGUACGCUUGCCUGUAAAUCCACUAUGAAUACUCUUUUGAUAGACAUUUUGUAAUUAAGAAAAUGCAUAAAUAAACCUGGUUCGAUCAGACUCUGCUUCCUACAGUUACCAUACAAAUAGCAAAGGGUUAGAUUGCUAUUUUGUCAUAAGCCGUAUUUAAUAAUAUAAAAUGCCUAUUUUUAUGCUGAUGCUUUUAUACAGAUUUAUUAAGAGUAACUACAACUAACUGUUAGCACGACUUGCAAUGUUUUGAUAAACUAGCCAUGCUCCUGGGUUUGAAAUCAAGUAGGCUUGUCUUCCGUCUAGGUCAGCGGAAGAGAAGACUCAGUGUCUCAGAAGUUUGACUGUAAAUAUGUAUAUUUAACUUUGUACAGACAAUGUACUUACCUUGUAUAGAAAAAUAACUUAAACACAUUGAGUGAAGGGAGGAAAAAAAAGGCAGUUGUGAAAGGUUGGGAUUUUUUCCCACUUUUAUUUAAAUGAUGGAAUUCCAUGUAUGUUCACAUAAAGAGUUUUAGCACAAAAUAUCCAUUAUGAAAGGGUUUCAGAUAUGACACAAAGCACCACUGUUUCUUUUCUGCAGGAGAUACCUUUAAUCCUGCAUCUUAUUUAUGGGUUUGUUUUUCUGCUUUGGGUUUGCCCUCCAGUUACUUGCAGCAAUAUUUAGGUCUGUUGCUAAGAUUGGAUAACACCAAAUUAAUCUAUCCAGCAAAGUACCAUGAUGAUACUGACUGUAUAUAACAUACUCAUUUAAAGGUUUAUUUUUUGUUCUUGCUUUUGCCAUUUUAAGUUACACACACACACACACAAACCACAACUUAUUUUUGUGUUUUUUGUUUCUUAUUGCAGUGGAUUACUAUUUGACAAUUAAUAAAUGGAACUAUUGAAUUACUAUUGUGUUCCCUGUACAAAUUAUUAAAUAAAGUCUAUUCCCGCUGUUCCCGUA